CCUUCUCUGGGCUAUAUCACUCGUAACUAGCGAUUAGCGUUCGUGUGGCCUUUGUGGCCGCCAAACUUGCGAUAACCCGCGCCGUCUCGCUCCCUGAAUGGCCCCACCAUCCCCGUCUCUGGUAUCAACACAUGCUCGCCCAGAAUGACUGGCAUUGGAACGCGCCAGAUUGGCGUGCCAGCUAUGGCGAUAACGACAACAGCAUCCCAAUACCUCAAGGGCGAUGAUACGGCAGACUUCGGCGACUUUGUGAGCACUGAAGACGAGGAACUUGAUCUUGAAGAGGUUGUCGAGCCCUGGCAUAAGUACGAUAUAAAGGAAACUCCGCAUGUAUUCUAUCCCAUUUUUGUCGGAGAACUGCUCAAUGAAAGAUACCUGGUAGAGCACAAAAUCGGCUCUGGGGGCUUCUCCACUGUCUGGAUGGCCCAGGACCUUAAGAACAAGAGAGAUGUGGCCCUGAAAGUUAUGUCUUUGGGACAAUGGGGAGAAAAUGAAGCCCACAUGCAUGACAAAAUUAUCCAGACUGUACAGGAUAUCUCUCACUUUGUGACAUAUUUUGACACCUUUCUACUCCCUGGAAAUAAGGGACAUCAUAGGGUUCUGGUGCUUCCCUUGAUGGGCCCAUGUCUUUGCCCUGUUAUUCUGAGAAAGAUGCCCAUGGCCACUCGCAUGUCUGCUGCUCAGCAGUUGCUAAAGGCCUUGGAAAAUUUACACGAAGCUGGUAUUGUACACCGUGAUUUGAAUGAGAGGAACUGUAUGUGGGGGAUGGUUCCUGUCCACAAUCUCAACAGGAGUGCUAAAUACAAGGCACUCACUCAGCCACUAAAGCAAUCCAUACCAUUUGUUGAGCUCUGGAAGCAGGGAGAGCUUGUUCGUCCCCUUGAGAUUCCUGAGAAUCUACGAACGGACGAAUUCUAUCUUGGUGACUUUGGUCUGGCCAUGACACUUGGUGAACCUGUGACUCAAUAUAGCUAUCCACCUCUGCAAUUUUGCUCCCCAGAUCGACUUCAUGGGAAAGAUCCAAGUUUUGCCUGUGACAUGUGGAGUUACAUGGUCAUAUUUGCGGAGCUCUAUCUUGGCUAUCCACCUUUCCCUACCUGGCUUAAAGGUGGAAUAAUAACUGGUAUUGUGAGAUGUUUAGGUCCACUGCCUGAGCAGUGGAGGACUCUUUACACUCACCCUGGAGGCCUUGAUGCCUGGUAUAAUCAGCAUCAAACACCAAAUCCUACUCAUGACCUUGCAUCAACAAUUGCGUACUUUCGUCCUGAAGCUGAUCCCACUGAGCGAGAACAUGUACUCUCUGUUAUGUAUAAAGUAUUUACUUACUACCCAGAGAAACAUCCAACUGCAACACAGCUUCUGCAAGACCCUUCAUUCAGAGCUAUCAUGGACAAAUAUGGUUGUUGAUGAUCUAUUCCCUUGACUUCGUAUGCUGCAUUACCGUGUCUUUCUUGCUUACUCUCAGUCUCUCUUUUCUCUUUUUGUUCCCCUGGAAGGAUUGCCUUUCUUACUUCCAAAAUGCAAAUGCAAGCUUUUUCUGUUACAUACUUAGAUUCUCUGUACUUUGAAAGUUGAAUGCAUACAUGCAAGGCACAUUUUCCUUAGAAUGAUCAUCAAAAUGAAUUCAAAGUACCCACAAAUCAUUCACUGACUAUACUCCGAGCGCAAACUUCACUUGAAAAAGUAGGUGGUCUAGUAUGCUUAUGCAACUAAAAUACUAUGUAUUGACCUUGUACCUCUCCUUUAUCAAGCUUGGAAGAUCCGGCAACUAUUAGAUUGCGGGACUGUCAUAAUAAAGCCAUGGUAAUGUGCGAAACAAGCAUCAGCAUCAGCAGCAACAUCAGCGAUGUAGGCUUCCAGCACGCUGCCUUGGAACACCAUGCCUUUCUUCCGAGUACUUGCGUUCCAGUCCGUAGUCUUCAGGUCUUUGGCCCUCUGGGAGAAUUGGAGCUCCACCAAGGCUGGCCAGGACGACCUUGUUAUUGGCUGUUAGGUCAUCCAUGAUCUCGAGUUCUUUAUCGUAGAACCAUCUCGGGAGCAACCAAACACGCACGGGUAUGAGAAGACAGAUGAGAACAGGGAAACCUGUAGCGAGGGAUAAGCGUCUGGAAUGCAGGGUACGCGGAUGUUGCCAAAGCAGGAGGUCAUACCAAUAGCCGCAAUUGUGUAGGAAAUAGCCACAGUGCACGCGACGCCAAACAUUUGCAGUCCGACGUACAGCACGACUUUUCUUUUGCGUAUCAAGAGGAGUGG